UUUUCAUCUUGCGAGGAAAAGAACAAGUUACAAAAAAUAAAAGACGUGGCAUCAGAUGCAUUUCCCUCUAGAACACUCUUCCUCAUUCAUCAUGGUAGGUCGUGGUAUGUUUGAGAAGGACCAAGAACCAUCACUCUGUUCCUCAUGUAUAUCACUUUUCUGAUGUGUCAUCUAACACCUACCAGAGACUACUCCAACUAUCAAAGCAUCCCUCUUUAAAUUUCCUAGGCUACCAGCUGCCCUCUUUGCCCAGUCUAAACCAUCGGCGACGACAAGCUAGGUACGCAGAUCAGCAGAUGUUCUUCUAAAUACUCGAUCGUCAAGGUUUCUUACUCUAGGAACUAAUUAAGCGAAAAAACUGAUCGAUGGCUUUGCCUCUUUUGGCUUCGAAGAGUAUCUUACAAAGGGUGUUGGCUUCUAAUUCUGCCUCUACUAAUUCUUUGCUGGCUCAAGGUGCUCGUGAGAGGAGUGUUGGCGGUGUUCAGAGACACAGGUGGGCAAAUGAGAUUGUAAGGACGUUUACUUCAGCAGAUGGUGAUAAGGUGGGUGGUGAGAAAACAGAACAUGGCAAAGAUGUUGCUGUUUCUGAAGGUGGUAAGAAGUCCAAGCUAUUCCCAAAGAGGCAACGCAAGAGGUGGCUCUGGAGGAACAAAGACCGUCAUGGCUUUUCUCCUGCCCAUUACGAUUUCUUUUCCUCGGGGCUUGGAAAUGCACUCAUGCAAGCAACCCAGAACAUAAACAGUCUGUUCGAGAAAUUGAACAUAGCCCCCUGGACACUCAGCGGCCGCGUAAAAGAGAAGGACAAAAGCUACGUGUUGCGGUAUGAGGUGCCGGGGCUAUCCAAAGAAGACUUGAAGGUCAACAUCGAUGGUGGAGUUUUAACAAUAGCCGGAGAGCACAAGGAAGAGAACGAAGACGACUCGGACGAUGAGUCUUGGUCAGCUGCGAGCUAUGGCUACUAUCACACAAGCCUGUUGCUACCCGAGGAUGCCAAAAUCGACGAGGUUAAGGCGGAGUUAAGGGAUGGAGUUCUAACUAUUGUGAUUCCUAGAACUGAGAAGCCAGAGAAGGAUGUGAAGGAAGUGAAAUUACAUUAAUUUGAUAGGAGACCGGCCCGAUCGAGUUUGAUGGAAGCCUGCUAUGUGCACAUGUUUAUGCAUGUGGAAAAUAAGGGAAGGGUUACUGUGUGCGUGCCUCUGUUUUGAAGAACGUACUCGUACAUAUUUUGCAUGACGCACGAAUGAGAUCAUGUAUGCGACUCUUUUUUUUAACAGCGUUGUUUCUGUUUUCUGGAAGCAUGUGUUGGGUUAAAAUGAAAAUGCCAUGCACUACCUCAUGUUGCAAUUAA